AUGGAUCAAUUAAACGUCAAAGAGCAACAAGAAUUUCAACAAAUUGUUGAACAAAAGCAAAUGAAAGAUUUCAUGAACUUGUAUUCAAAUUUAGUAUCAAGAUGUUUUGAUGAUUGUGUUAAUGAUUUUACAUCAAAUAAUUUAACAAGUAAAGAAUCCGCAUGUAUUGCUAAAUGCUCAGAGAAGUUUUUGAAACAUAGUGAAAGAGUCGGUCAAAGAUUUCAAGAACAAAAGUAUGUAAAUUGUUAAUUUUCGAAAAUUUAGAUUUGAAUUACUAACAAAUUAAGUGCUUUAUUAAUGCAACAAGGUCAAAGAUAA